AUGGGCGCCAUUGUCACAAUACACAAAAUGGAGACGGCUGAGGCGGAAGUUUUCGACGGCGUGGUACCAUUGGAUCGCAAAGACUUUGACAAAAUCCAGCAGAUGACCUUCUGCCCUGACUGUGGACGGCUCUUCGAUGCAUUGAGAAGACCGCGUCGCUGCCGCGUCUGUGGUGAGGCGCUUUGUAAGCGGUGCUGUCUCCUUUGCCGCAAUUGGAAGUGGCGGCCGAUAUGUGCUCACUGCAUGGACAACUGUUUGCGCAAUUAUUACGAACGCACGAAAGGUGGUUCUUUAGAUGAGGUGUAUCACCACGAACAUUACCGGCGGAAGCAAGACAAGAAAGCUGGCUCCGGUAAUUUUUUGCGUGGCUUCUUUAUAACCGCGUUCGACCCCCGGAAGUUGAUUCUCGCAAAGAAGUCGAGGAGACGUGCAGAGCGGGAUAUUUCACAAGGGUUGUAA